CUCAACAAAACAAUAAAGAACAAACCUAACUUAUCCGUUUUUAGUAACAGAAAAUGUUUAUACAACGUUUCAACUGUGAAGCCUCCAACAUCAACCCUUAUCACUGCAAACACUGCUCCUUCCGAACUGAAUUAUCACUCCUCUUGAAACAACACUUCAGAGAAUGCCACCUCACCAUCAAAAAAAGCGACCAUCCGCUAACUUCCCCUAAAAUCGACAUUCCGACCUACGUUUGCGAAAAGUGCGCCUUCGGAACCCACUUUUCACUGAAAUGGCUCCAACACACUGUGACCUGUUCACAAAAUCCAGAAAAAAACAACCACAACCUUGUACCAAAUUGGUUUCAAUGUGCCAACUGCACCUUCCGAAGCACCUACAAGCAUUCCUUGACGCGCCACAUAAACGCACGCCACUUUGACGACACCGACAACACCUGGAACAAAUGUGACCACUGCCGGUUCAAAACCAGACAGGAGCGAAGUUUAAAAAGACACGUAAAGGCGCACCAUUCGGACGAUAUCAAAUGGUACAAGUGCGACAUGUGUACAUUCAGGAGCAAAAAAGAAGCCACUUUGAAAAAUCACGUUCAGACGUGGCAUGUGGACGUGAAAUGGCACGUAAUCGCCCGUCAUUUGGACGCAAAGGACGUUGAGUGGUUCGAAUGCCAACAGUGUCCGUUCAGAACUAGACAUAAGGGAAGUUUAAGGAUGCACCUAAGCACCCAGCAUUCAAGUGGGAAGAGUGUCAUGUGGUAUGAGUGCAAGGAGUGUCGGUUUAAAACCAAGCAGAAGAGGCAUUUGCAGAAACACGAGGAAGCGAUGCAUUUGGGGGUUACGUGGUUCGAAUGCGAAAAGUGUCCGUUUAGUAGCAAACAAGAGUCGAAUUUAGCGCGGCACGUGAAAAGUGAACAUGUCGAUGAAGGGGGUGUUGAGUGUGAAGCUAAAAAUGAGAUAUUAAAUGUUAAAAAUAUUAAAGUGUAUGGUUCUAGGCGACAGAGAACUGCAAAACCAACAUGUAGACAAAUUUCAAUAAUAAAUAAAUAACUUUGA